AUGGACAGGGCGCCGCCGACCACGCUGCACGGGCGCGGCAAGUACGGUGCUCCGCGCCAGGAAUGGGAAAAGUCGGUUGGUGGACCGAUGAAUGCCCCGGCUGAGGAAGCCGAGGCGCACGCCAAAGUCAGCAAGAGGGAGAAUCGGCUGUAUGUGGGGAAUCUGGCGUACGACUGUAAUUACAAGGAUCUGGAGGCGUUCAUCAAGCCGGGGACGCCAAUCUCGGAGAAGAGAAAGGAUCUGGGAGACGGAGGAGACCAUGGCGAUCCCGAUGACCCGACCACCUCGCACAUCUUUCACCUUCGCAUUCAUUAUCUCUUACGCCUCAUCGCCGUCAUCGCCACCUCGUCCUUUGUCUACGGGGCUGGAGAAGUUGUCUUUGCGGAAAUCCUCACGACACCCCAAGGCACUUCCAAGGGAUGCGGUAUCGUCGAGUUUGCGACGCAAGAGGACGCUCGUCGCGCCAAGGACGAGUUGGCCGAUAAGCCAUUCAUGGGUCGCUCGGUGUUCAUCCGCGAGGACCGAGAAGAGACUGCGCGAUUCGGCACCGUCUCUCACGCCGGUACCCGUCCACCUUUCGUGGGCGGUGCUGGCGGGCACCACGGCGGCUUCCAGGCUGCUCCAAACCCCGCCAACCGGAAUCUUUUCGUUGGUAAUCUCCCACUCCAGGCUUCCUGGCAGGACCUCAAGGACCUCAUGCGUCAAUCCGGAGAGGUCAUCCGCGCGGAUAUCGGCAUGUCUCACGACGGCCAGCCCAAGGGCAACGGGACGGUGGUGUUCGUGAACCCAGAUGAUGCUCGCGCUGCCAUCGAAAUGUUCAACGGUUUCGACUGGUUCGGCUCCAUCCUCGAAGUCCGAGAAGACCGGCACGCCGGGCACGGGCACGGCGCGGGCGGCUUUGGUUUCCGCGGUGGAUUCCGGGGCGGCUUCAUGGGCGCGCGAGGCGGAUUCGGCCCUGGUUUCCGGGGCGGCUUCGCCCCUGGUUUCCGCGGUGGCUUUGCGCCUGGCUUCCGGGGUGGAUUCGCACCCGGUUUCCGAGGUGGAUUCAGGGGAGGAUUCCAGGGCGGUGCCGGUGCCGGUGCUGGAUUCCAGGGCGGUGCCGCGGCCGGAGCGGGUGGACGGGCAUUCACGAAUGACUUGUAUGCGGAUUAUAAUGGGCCUGCGGGGGGCGCGGGGGCGAAUGGGGCGGCGGGCGCGGGGGGCAUGGAAGUUGAAGGUGCACCAAGUGGGCCGGCGGGUGGGGUGCCGGUCGUUCCGGCCGAGCCGAACCAGCAGAUCUUGGUUAGGAAUCUCCCAUGGUCGACGUCCAACGAAGACCUCGUCGAGCUGUUCGAGACGGUCGGUGUCGUUGCCUUUGCCGAGAUGCUGUAUGAAGGUACUCGAAGCAAGGGGGAGGGAAUUGUUCAGUUUGGACAGACCGAGGAGGCGCAAACUGCUUCAGAGAGGUUUACGGGGUAUCUCUAUGGUGGAAGGCCGCUCGGCGUCCAGUUUAACCCGAGGUGGCAUGACUUUACGUCGGCCGCCGCGGCUGGGAACCAGUCGGCUGCUGCGUAA